AAACAAAUCCCCUCCACGAAUAAUACCUAACCACUCUUGUCGAUAAGUCUCGCAAUUCAGAUCGGAAAAAUGAACGACAGCGAUGUGUCCCGGCAGAUCCAGCAGAUGGUCCAAUUUAUCCGGCAAGAAGCCGAAGAGAAGGCCAAUGAGAUCUCUGUUUCCGCUGAAGAGGAAUUCAACAUUGAGAAGUUGCAAAUAGUCGAAGCGGAGAAGAAGAAGAUCAGGCAGGAGUAUGAGCGCAAAGAGAAGCAAGUCGAUGUUCGUAAAAAGAUUGAGUAUUCUAUGCAGCUUAAUGCUUCUCGUAUUAAGGUUCUCCAAGCCCAAGAUGACUUGGUUAAUGCCAUGAAGGAAGCAGCAUCACAGGAGCUCUUAAAAGUGAGCCACCAUGACUCGCAUCACCAUUUGCACCACCACCAUGAUUAUCAAGGACUUAUGAAAGCUCUUGUAGUACAGUGUUUACUCAGAUUAAAAGAGCCUGCAGUUUUAUUGCGCUGUCGGAAAGAUGAUAUCACAUUGUUGAACUCUGUUUUGGAUUCAGCAAAGGAGGAAUAUGCAAAAGAAGCUAAGGUUCACCAGCCUGAGAUUAUUGUUGAUGAUGUUCACCUUCCACCAUCUCCCUCAACUCAUGGUCCUUCAUGCUCUGGAGGUAUCGUGAUGGCUUCUCGAGAUGGGAAAAUUGUAAUUGAAAACACUCUUGAUGCUAGAUUGGAUGUUCUGUUCCGCAAAAAACUUCCUGAGAUUCGCAAGCACCUUUUUGGUCAGAUUGCUGCCUGAUGAUAUAUGAUAUUCGCGUUUGUAUGAAACUGUUUGCUAUAGCUGUCAAGAUGCUUAAUCAUUGUUGUUUAUAAGUCUUGUGUUGAUGGAUUUUAGCCAUCUGUCCACAGAAUCUCAUUUGAGAUCGGCCAUGUAUAUCACACUUUAUUUUUCUUCAAAUCCCUUCAUCUGCUGUUGAUGUGGUUGUACAUCUUGCUGUCCCACACCCUACUUUCGGGUGGUGUAUCUGGGUAUGUUUGAUUCUGUUUAGUUUGGAUAAGACUGAGGCAUAGCAGAACACUCUUUUUCCUCGAGUAUGAUAAUAGUAUGUAAUAAAGUCCAGCUAAACCUGUUCAUGCAGGCCAGGCUAUGACAUUGGAUGAACAUCUCAUAAAAUUGCUUAUUGCUGGUUAAAA